CCUGGUUGCGCGCGCAGGCGGUGGGCCUCUUGCUUCCGGCCGCGGCGGCCUCGGCGCUGGCGAGACGGACCCCGGCGGCCGGCCUCCCGGAGCGGCAUGCGGCGCUGAGGCGCGGCGAACCCCGCGGCGGCGCCAUGAACCUCCUGCCCUGUAACCCGCACGGCAACGGGCUGCUCUACGCCGGCUUCAACCAGGACCACGGGUGCUUUGCGUGUGGGAUGGAGAAUGGAUUCCGCGUGUAUAACACCGACCCGCUAAAGGAGAAGGAGAAACAAGAAUUUCUGGAAGGAGGAGUUGGCCAUAUUGAAAUGCUCUUUCGCUGCAACUAUUUGGCUUUAGUUGGUGGAGGGAAAAAGCCCAAAUACCCUCCGAACAAAGUGAUGAUCUGGGAUGACCUGAAGAAGAAGACCGUUAUCGAGAUAGAAUUUUCCACAGAGGUCAAGGCUGCCAAACUGCGGCGAGAUAGAAUCGUGGUGGUUUUGGACUCAAUGAUCAAGGUGUUUACAUUCACACACAAUCCCCACCAGCUGCACGUCUUUGAAACCUGCUAUAACCCGAAAGGCCUCUGUGUCCUGUGCCCGAACAGCAACAACUCCCUCCUGGCCUUCCCGGGCACGCACACAGGCCACGUGCAGCUCGUGGACCUGGCCAGCACUGAGAAGCCACCGGUGGACAUUCCCGCCCACGAGGGCGUCCUGAGCUGCAUUGCUCUUAACCUGCAGGGAACAAGGAUCGCGACCGCAUCUGAGAAAGGGACCCUUAUAAGAAUAUUUGAUACUUCAUCAGGGCACUUAAUCCAGGAACUGCGAAGAGGAUCUCAAGCAGCAAACAUUUAUUGCAUUAACUUCAAUCAGGACGCUUCCCUCAUCUGCGUGUCCAGUGACCACGGCACGGUGCACAUUUUUGCAGCCGAAGACCCCAAAAGGAAUAAGCAGUCUAGUUUGGCGUCAGCCAGUUUCCUUCCAAAAUACUUCAGUUCCAAGUGGAGUUUUUCCAAGUUUCAGGUUCCCUCAGGCUCUCCCUGCAUCUGUGCCUUUGGAACAGAGCCAAAUGCUGUCAUUGCCAUCUGUGCGGACGGCAGCUACUACAAAUUCCUCUUCAACCCCAAGGGGGAGUGCAUCCGGGACGUGUACGCGCAGUUCCUGGAGAUGACGGAUGACAAGCUGUGACGCUCCCUGGGCACCAAGCUCCCGGGCCGGUGCCGGGCUGGAAGACGGCCUGCGACCUUGGUCUCGAAGCCUCCCGUGGUCGUCUGUUUCCUGAGCCAGGCUUCCAUCUCCAGGGUCAAAGAACCUUCUUAGGGCACCGUUGGACGCUCACGCCCAACGCUGGCUUUACCUUUAGUUCAGCCGUGACACUCGCUUCUGCGGCUCCACCGCUUCCCCCGCUGCAGCUGGGGCUUCGCACACACUUCAGGGCGCUGAGAAAGAGAGGGACGGAGCGCAGGUUGUCUGUGGCGCCAGAUUGCAUCCUUCGACUGAGUCUGUCGUGGGGAAGUGAAAACACGCGUAGGUUAGCUUGCGCUUUCUCGCGGACUUCAGUGGAUGACAAUCCCAGCCGCCUCAGAAGGGGGAGAGGACGGCCUCUUCCCGCCUGAGUGUGGAGAAAGGCAGAGAACCCAGGCCCGCACCUCCCGGGAGCACGUGCCCCCCCCAGGAGCAGAGCCACGCGCAGGCUUCACCAGUGGGGCCUGGAAGCAGGCGCCACUUAGGGUAGAGGCUGCGAAGGGAAGCGCUGGGUGUCUCCAUGACCGGCGCCCGCUUUCUGUCGCGUCCGCCAGCCGCUCCCACUCCCCCUCCCGACGUCCGCACACUAACCUCCCGGGAGUGAAGGGCACACACUUUUCUUUAACGAUUGGUGACUAGAGUAGGUAACGGGCUCUAUGUUGUUAGUGCUACCUGAGGUACAUAUUUAAUUUUCUUAAAUUCCUUUCAAACUUAAUUUUGUGUUUUGAUUUCAGGUUGCAAACGUUUAAAAUCUGCAGCAGCAAGUUCUCGGUUUUGCCAGUUCCUUACUGUCAUGUGAUCAGCUAACUUUGUGGGUUUCAAUGUAAAGUAUGCAUGUUACUUUUACGUGUAUUUAAUCAUGAAAUUUAAUUUUGCACACUUAUUUGUAAUGUUUCUUUUAAAUAAAAGUGACUAAUUUUGUUGUA